UGGCCAGCGCGCGCCUCGGCCUCCCACACGCGCACAUAACGCGCCGCGGCUGCGCUCCGGCGCUCACUACGCGCCGCCGACCCCUCCAGAGAAGCAGCUAGCCGGCCAGCUAGCCCCGCGUCCCGGCGAAAGGAAAUGAAGAGGAGGUUACAUAAGAAAUACUUGGUUGUGAUCCUGGCAUACUCGGCUCUGCUGCUGCUGGUCCCCUACGUGCUGGACUACCGGGACAAAUCCGUGCAGCGCGCCGAGCAGAAGCUGCCGCAGCAACAGCCGCGAUGCCCGGACCUGGAGAACUCCGUGGCGCUGCUGUGGGAUAACGGUUACCGGGUUAACGGCAGCGACGCGGCGCAGCCCGCCGGCAACCGGAGCCAGUCGCGGGUCCACAUCUACCUGCACGCCACCUGGAGGACCGGCUCCUCGUUCCUGGGGGAGUUGUUCAACCAGCACCCCGACGCGUUCUACCUGUACGAGCCGAUGUGGCACAUCUGGCAGGCUCUGUACCCGGGGGACGCGGGCAGCCUGCAGGGCGCGGUGCGCGACAUGAUGAACAGCCUGUACCGCUGCGACUUCUCCGUCCUCAAGCUGUACGCCGGCUCGCAGAACAUCACCACGUCCUUCAUCUUCGGCUGGAAGAUGAACAAGGUGAUCUGCUCGGAGCCGCUGUGCGACGCGCACCGGCGCCACGACAUCGGGCUGGUGAAGGAGGACCGCUGCGCCAAGUGCCCGAAGCGGGACAUCAGGGAGCUGGAGAGGGAGUGCAAGAAGUACCCGGUGAUGGUGAUCAAAGGGGUGCGCGUGUUGGACCUGAACACGCUGGUGCCUCUGAUGAGGGACCCCGAGAUAAACCUCCAGGUCGUCCAGCUCUUCAGGGACCCGAGGGCCGUGCACAACUCCCGGCUCAAGUCCAAGCAGGCCCUGGUGAAGGAGAGCAUCCAGGUGCUGCGCAGCAAGAAGCAGACCGACAAGUACAAGCGGCUCCUCGUCCCGAACAACCGGGUGAACCGGGCCGAGAGCUACGUCUCCAGCGCCAUGGAGCUCAUCUGCGACAACUGGCUCGGGGACAUGAUGCUGGUGGCCAACGCGCCUCCCUGGCUGAGGAGGAACUACCUGCGGGUCCGCUACGAGGACCUGGUGCUGCACCCGAUGGAGGAGCUCCAGAGGCUGCUCCGCUUCUCCAACCUCACCACCUCCGCGGCCCUGGAGAAGUUCGCGCUGAACAUGACGCACGGCCAGGGUUACUCCUCGGACAGGCCGUUCCUCAUUUCGUCCAGGGACGCCAAGGGGGCGAUAUACGCCUGGAGGGAGAGGCUCAGCGUGGAGCAGAUCCACCAGGUGGAGGCCUACUGCAGCGAGGUCAUGAGGCAGCUCGGGUACGGGAGGAACCACGUGGACAAAAGCCCGUGAGGACGCGCCGGUUAAACUAAAAACCACCCUCCAGGCCCCGCUGCUGACCUUUGACCCCCCACCACCCUCUCACUGAGGCAAAUUGGAAACGUGUGGACUGUAGCGUUUCUCUGUGAGGUUGCGUGUGUGUGUGUGCGCGUGUGCAGUAAAUGAGCUCAAGGUGUGAAACUGGCGGCCUGGUGUUCACACCGACGGCACCAGUUUCAGGACUGUUGACAAAACACUGCAGACGCAUUGACGCCAUUAACGCGGCUGGGUGGCAUCAUUUCAUUUGAUUUAAUACGGUUUCGCUCACAGUGCUUUAUACAUUUUUUUUUUUUAACGGAAGAAAGCGACAGUGAACUCUGCUCGUAGAUAACGGCUCGAUCUGUUAAUGUGUCCGUGUUUUAUUUCCUCCCAUUAAAGGGAGCUAAUUUAUUUGGAUGCUCCUCCAGAAGCAGGUUGACUCCACUAACCGAUGUCUAAUGUCCACCAGAGCGAGCGGAUCCUUCCUCAAUAACCGGCUGAUGCUGGUUAAUAGAGGCUUCAUUGUUUUCCUCCCUGGCUGAGCCCUCACAUGGGGGGGGGGGGUGCUGGCAGUAAGUCUCCGGACCUCAGACGCCGCUGCGCUGAGAAGGGGGUCAUUGUCCCCCGGCGAGUCACCAGCAGCUGGGCGCCGAGCAGAAACCGGGUGGCGCCACCCGGAGUCCAUGCACGCGGCCGGGUCGCCGGGCGCGGGCCCAACGCGUCCCUCGGCCAACG